CUUCACAGAACGCGAUUAAGCACGUUGUUCCGCUCCAGCUCUUGUUCGUGGCUAGCUCUGUUUGUGCAUAAGUGUAAUACUGUACAUCUUGUUUCCGGCUUUUUCGUUUCUGACGGCAUUUAUACACACACGCAUCAAAAUGUUCUGGGGAUUGAUCCUAAAGCAGGGUAAGAAAUACUCCAAGGUGGUCGAGCAGGACUUCCAUCUCACACACGCUGCCCUAGACCUGACCGACAGUAGCGGGGACGUGCAGGUGAUGCUCACAACGGAGAGUAUUACCUAUCUACUGUGCACGUUGAAUAAGGCAAUACCUCAAGUGGUUCUGGACCAAGCGUUUGCCACCGGAGACGAAAUAAGUUUCGCGACCAAGGGACAAGGAGUUGUCCAUCUCACCGGCAACGUGCUGCCGGAUGAAAUGGACGAGCUGGGUGAUGAAGAGGACGAGAUGGAUGAGGAGGAGGAGGAGGAACUGGUAACUGCAAAUGGCAAACCUCGAAGUGCGAAGCAAGUGGCCCAAGCCAAAGUUGCCAAAAAGAUAGCCGCCGGAGAGGUAUCAGAGGGUAGCGAUGAAGACGACGCUACAUUCACCGAGUCGAUGCUGGACGACAGUGCUGCGAACGGGCUUGACGACGAGGACGAGGACGAUGACGAUGACGGCGAGGAAGAGGAGGAUAAUGAUGAAGACGACGACGACGACGAGGACGAUGACGAUGAUGAAGAGGAGGAGGAGGACGACGACGACGAAGACGACGAAGAGGAAGAGGAUGAGCAGCCGAAGGCAAAGCAAGCCAAGUUGAGCAACGACGCUAAGCCGGUAAACGGAAACGCGAAGCUCGCGAAGGAAGCUCCCAAGAAGCAGGAAGACCAGCAGAAAAAGAGCGGCAUGCGUACGCUGCAGGACGGACUAAUGGUCGAAGAUUUGAAGGUUGGCUCCGGACCGGAGGCCAAACCCGGCAAGAAGAUAGCGGUUUACUACGAGGGCCGUCUGAAGUCGAACAACAAGGUAUUCGACAGUACGAGCAAGGGUCCGGGGCUGAAAUUCAGCCUUGGCCGAGGCGAGGUCAUAAAAGGAUGGGAUUUGGGUGUCGCGGGGAUGAAGGUGGGUGGCAAACGGCGACUUGUCAUCCCACACAAACUAGCGUACGGCACCAAAGGCAGUCCUCCGGUGAUCCCCCCAUGUAGUACCCUCGUGUUUGAAGUGGAGCUUAAGAAAGUUUUCUAAGCGAAAGAGAGCAAGCGGGUUUACUGUAAGAAAAUAAUCAUAACAUUCAAUAAAAGCGGAAGCAUCCAUGUGUGCUGCCUAGUAAAAGAGAUUACAUACCGGUACAAUUCAAUUCU